AUGAAUUUAUCCUUCAAAAAGCCAUCUGUAGACACUUGUUCAAAAUGUGACCGCAUCAAUAUGAAACUCAAGUAUGCAUCUGUGGAUCAGGCUGCAAAUCUGAUAGAGACGUUCAAGGAGCAUCAAGAGGCGUUUAAGGCUGCUUACGAAGAGAAAAAGGCAGAUAAACAACUGGCUCAAUCGAGCGAAGUUGUAGCUGUCAUAACAUUUGAUUUGCAACAAUGUUUACCCACCCCGUACUUGCAAACGAAUGUUGCAUUUUAUAAGCGACAAUUGUGGACAUUUAAUUUGACCAUACACGAUUUGAAAACAAACAAGGCUUUCUGUUACAUGUGGCCGGAGUGUGAGGGUAAUAGAGGGGCUAAUGACAUUGCUUCGUGUUUAUAUGAUUUUAUCAUAAAUCAACUACCAAACUUACACCCAAACGCUAAGAAGCUGAUCAUGUUCUCGGACUCUUGUUCUGGCCAAAACAAGAAUUCGAUUGUAACAACAAUGUUAAUGCUAGUUACUAGACUAUCCCCACAAUUACAAUUUAUUGAACAUAAAUUUCUCGUACCUGGCCAUACACACAUGGAGGCUGACACCGACCAUGCAUUGAUUGAGCGUAAAAAGAAGAUCACGAAUAUGGAUAUACACUUGCCAAGAGAUUGGUACCAACUAGUGCGUACAGCUUCAAACAAAACAGCCAAGUUUACUGUUAUCGAAAUGACUCAUGAAAUGUUUUAUGAUUUUAACAUUUUCGUAAAGCAAUCUUUUACUUUUAGGAAAACGAAUACAGCCAAUGAAAAGUUUUUGUGGUUGAACGUUAGAUCUGUUCUUUAUAACAAAGAAAACAUAUCCUGUUUUUCUUACAAAAAAAGAGUUCAAAGAUGUUGA